AUAAGUGCUUCAGAGGCUUAAAAGCAGGGAGGCAAGUGUCAUGCGGGCGCGCCGUAAGGGGCUGAGCUCCGGCUGAGCGCCCGGGUCCGCUCUGCCGCCGGCACAGCCCGGAGAAAAGGAGAAAAAAAAAGGGGGGGGGGGGGGAAGAAAAAAGGAGAGAAAAAAAAAAAAAAAAAGCGCCUCGGAGCUGGUUCCCGGGGAAGGGGCGAGAGGAGAGAAGCCCGAAAGGCUGGACGAGCCGGCAGCGAAGUGGCGAUGAGGCGCAGGAAGACGGCGGUGGCGGCCGGCUGCUGCCUCGCCUUCCUCCUGGGCACCCUCCUCAACCUCCUCUUCGUCCCCGGCUCCGAGCACCCGCCGCCGCCCCGCGACGGGGCUCCCCCCUCCCCGCCCGGCGCCCCCCUCCGCCCGCCGGAGGAGGAGGGCGGCGGCGGCGGCAGCCGGGCUGCCCUGGCGCGGCAGAUCCGCGAACGCUACGAGGAGGUGCUGCGCUACCGGCAGCACCGGGCGGCGGCGGCGGCGGGGCGGCGGCCGCUGCGGCCGCGGGAGCGGCGGCUGAUGGACCUGGCGCCGCCGCGCACCUCGGCGGAGCAGCCGCGGCCGCGGGGCCGGGGGGCUGCGGCGGGGCCGUGGGCCGGCGCCUCGGCCGAGCUGUCGCUGGAGCCGCCGCUGCUGGGCUGUCGCGACAUCCGCAAUGUCAGCGGCGUGCAGUACUUGGGCUCCGGGUACACCAAGGCGGUCUACAAGGCGGUCCUCAACCGCACGCUGGCCGUGGCGCUGAAGGCGGUGGAUUUCGGCGGGCACGACAUCGCCCACUGCGUGCGGCAGUUCGCCGCCCUGGGGGACUGCUACCGCCUGGCCGCCUACAAGAUCGUCAAGGAGAUGAUCCUGCUGCAGCGGCUGCGCCACGCCAACGUCCUGCAGCUCUAUGGCUAUUGCUACCAAGAUAGCAACGACAUCCCAGACACGCUGACGACCAUCACUGAACUAGGCUCGCCUUUGGAGAUGAUCCAGCUUUUACAGACUUCCUGGGAAGACAGAUUUCGAAUAUGUCUCAGCUUAGUUCGGCUUCUGCAUUAUUUGGCUCACUCUCCUCUGGGCUCCGUGACAUUACUGGAUUUUCGCCCUCGGCAGUUCGUGAUCGUGGAUGGGGAACUGAAGGUGACGGAUCUGGACGAUGCCAGCAUCGAGGAGAGCUCUUGCACCAGUAACAGCGACUGCUUCAUGGAAUUCCCCGCGAGAAACUUCACCCUGCCCUGUUCGGUUGAGGGACGGUGUCAGAAUAUGAAUGAGAAGAGGAAUCUCUACAACGCCUACAGGUUUUUUUUUACGUACCUUCUUCCACACAGUGCUCCAUCCUCACUGAGACCGUUACUGGAUAAGAUAGUCAAUGCAACAGGAGAACUUCACUGGGGAAUAGAUGAGACGGCUGCUCAGCUGGAGAGAGUUUUGGAUCUGUAUAAGAGUGGAGAGUACCUGCAGAAUACGACCCGGAUGCCAAAAACUGAGUACAGACGGGUGCCUGAAGCUUUUAUUCCUGAUGAGAACUACAGAUGCUGGCCAUCUUACCACCAUAAGGGCUGCCUCCUCUCCGUGUUUGACGUCAACGAAGCCAUCGAGAUCUGUGACAGCUACUCCCAGUGCAAAGCUUUCGUCCUAACUAACCAGACGACUUGGACAGGUCGGCAGCUUGUCUUCUUCAAGAUGGCCUCAAAUCGUAUCAUGCCGGAUCCUGACAAGAUAACGUAUGUGAAGGUGACGGACUGACACCUAAAGUGGCGCGGUGUGACGCGUGAGUGACAAGAGCUGUUUGUGUAUAAAUAUAGGCAGCUGUUAGGUAUAAGGCGGCUGUGGCCGGAGAGAUAAUUGCACUAUUACUCAUUCUAAUCUAUAGAGUGCUAAACAAAACUUUAAAGAAAUAACCUGCAUGACCAGGAUGAAUGUGCAAUAAAAUGACAUUUUGAAAAUGUGAUUUUUUUAAAAAAAGAAAAAACAAAGCGAAAUACAAGAUAUGAUACACUGUUAGGGUAUAAUUUUGGUUAUAAAUUCAGCUGGCAGCUCUGGCUUUCCUAACCAAGGUUAGCAUAAUGUUUCUGACCUGUGCCUGCGUGCGCAGGGAUGAAAGUUGAUCAUUUCUAUGGGAAGUCUGUAUCCUCCGUGCUGAUAUUUAUUUGGGCACGUACAAUCACAACAGAGUAACUGAAGCAUAUCAGUUUGUAAACUGAAUAGCAAAUGUUACUGAAGACAAUCAGCAUUUGUGUUAAAGCGAUCAAAUAUGCAGUACUGGCGUAUUUGUCCAGAAGAAGGAAUUGGUUAUGUUUAGAAUUGCAAGACCGUAGCUAAUUUUCAUUUUUGCCUCCCAUGUUAUCAUAAAGUUUCAUUUUUAAUUUAAAAGAGCCAUUUUGUAGGUCUAGCAAAUCACAUCAGCAUAUGAAUAGUCCCACUGAAAGGGUAGGGACUUACCCAAGUGCGGAGUGCUUUGCUGAAUAGGGAUAGGCCUAAGCAUAUGCUUACAAUUAAGCCUGUGCUUAAGACUUUUGUUGAAUUGAGUUUGAAUUGUUCAGGAAGCCACAUCUUUGACAGACUGGCAAAGCAAUCCAGCUGGUGGAACGGCACUAGUUUAAUGACUAUCUCGCAGUUAUUCGUGUUUUUUAUCAUCAAAUCCUUGGUUUUCUGAGGCACCACUUCCUAAUUCUUAGAGUGAAUGAAGUAAAUGACCUUAAUAAUGUCAAAUGAAUGCUAGCCUUAAUUCUAUAUAAAAUGCGUUUUACAGGCAUGGUGUGUCUAGAGAAUUUGCUUUCAGUGAAAGCAAUAAAGUAAAUGCUAAAGUGACCAAUGUCAUACUGUUUUGUAGCUUGUACAGUCCGGAAAAAAAAAAAGUGCUUUUGUUUCUCAAAUAGUUUAUUUUUGUAAAAAAAAAAUAAAAGAUAAAUACAA